AAGUAAGAUUUCGUUUGGAAAAAAUCGAAUUUUCUCAUAGAAAAACGGCAUAAAUGUUAAUUUUAUAACGUUUUUAUGUUCUAUAUUAACGAAUUUCUAAAAAAAAAAAUUCAUAAAAAUCCCUAAAUGGAACCAACAUUAAAAAUUGAUAAUUUAUGUAAUAAAGAAACUGUUAUAGAUGAAGAAACCAAAGAUGAAGAUAACGAUGCAAAAAGACACUGCAAAAGUAUUGCACUUGAAUGGGUGAUUGGCUUCAAUAGUAAUGUACCAGUUGCAAAUAUAUCAUCACAACAAGACAAGAAGAUAGUUUAUGCCACUGGUUAUGCACCUGUUAUAUAUGAUUUGAAGAAUGAUGAAGAAAAAAUAUUAAUUGGCCAUAUGAGUAACAUCACCUGUUUAACUCUGUCAUCUGAUAGAAUAUGGCUUGCUACUUCAGAUGCUGGUGAAGAUAAUUGCUUAAUUAUAUGGGAUAUGAGAACUUAUGUGCCAAUAAAAAAUAUAUCAAUUUAUCCAAAAUAUGGAAUAAAAUGCAUGAGUUUCUCUGAAGAUUCUAAAUAUCUUUUAACUUUAAGUAAUGAACCCAUUCAGAGAAUUUCAAUUAUAAAUUGGAAGAUGGAUGAUUAUUAUAUUAUUGAUACUAUAAAUAUUAGGGAAGAGUAUGGUAAACAGCAUCACAUAUCAUUCCAUCCAAUACAUUCUUCAUAUUUCAUUUCAACAGGAUCAUAUAGAGUGAUAUUCUAUCAACUAUUAGAUAAUGAAAAUAUCCUUCAUUACUAUUCGCCGAUUAUAACCCAUAAGGAUUUUUCACGUUCUCUGGGUUUAUUCAAUCAAACUAUUUAUCUAAAAUCACCAGAUAUUGCUCUGACAGCAACUUCUAUGGGAUAUAUAAUUACUUGGGAUAAUCAAUAUGCAAAAGAUAGUAUGUUAUUGGAUUUAUCUUAUAAAUUAAUUUAUUAA